AUGAAUUUAGUCUAUCGUGCGCUUCUUAUUAUCAUCUGUCUAGGAAUCAGAGCCGAAUGUCAAGGUGGCGGCGGAGGUGGUAGCUUUAGUGGAGGUAGCUUUACCGGAGGAAUUUUUUACUACGGGAAUGCAGGUGGUUCGUGUAAAGGCAAUAACUGUUCUGGUAGCACAUCUGUCGUGUUAGGCAUCCUAGGUGGUAUUAUUGGAUUGGUUUUGUUAGUUUGGGGUAUAUAUUAUUGUGUAAAAUCCUCAAAAGGUCGGCCAUCACAGACAAAUGUAAUAUUUGUGCAAAAGGAAACUAACCAAAACUAUGAACUAGAGAAAUCAGACAUCAAUAUAUUCAAAUCUGGUUAUUGGAAAAGUCAAUAUUUUCAGUAUGGAAAUUGGCAUGGAUCUCAUCGAUUUUCGCUUACAUUUAACGAUCUUUCAAUGAAUAUAACAGGAUCCGGAUCAGAUGAUGUCGGUACAUUUACUAUUCACGGUACUUAUUCAGUUAAAACACGUCGAAUUGGUCUUACAAAAACAUAUAAAAAGGGUACCGGUAAUCCAUCACAAAAUUUAGGACAUCAAGUCACGAUUCAACUGACGUGGAAUGCACAAAAUAAUCAAUUUGAAGGGAAAUGGUAUGUUCAAACAAGUAAAUACUAUGGUGAAAAUAAAUUUGAACUUAAAUUUGAUGGACAACAUAUACAAACUGUAUAUGAAAAAUUAUAA